AUGCAAUCCUCUCGUCCACCAACAUUUCGGCGCCCCUCAAACCUCUCUAUCCGACCUCCUUCACCUAAUCUACAACCAACCCCUGGACAAGGUCUCAGCACACCUACGAACCUUACCAACCCUUAUUCCAAUCUCUACUCACCCCGACGAACGGCCUUACCGCCUUCUCCCACGCACUCGAACGUGUCUUACGCAAGUCGUGGUUCCUCUUCGGGCGUAGGUGUGGGAAACAGAGAUGAUCAUCCUCCUCCCCCUCCUGUACCUAGUAAAGGUAAUGAAAAAGACAAGAGACUACCUGGUAUACCGAGUCCACAUAAAUAUCAGAGUACCAAAGGGUCGGCUACGGGGGUGUAUGAUAAUAAAUUGGUCUCGUCUACCCUCUCUCACCUUCCUCCAUUACCACCUCUCUCUCCCGUACCUAUCUCAGGAUCCUCUUCAUCACUACAUCCAACAGGAUCUUCGAGUCACCUUCAUCCUUCACCCAGACCAUCGAUAUCGAACCAAUCUUCCUCUGGGGGAAUAGUAGUCUAUCCGGAUGGCACCCCCCUGACAGAUCAUCAACACCACCAACAUGAUUUGAGUGGGAGGAUAGCAGAGUCAAUGACUAUGGCUCAUUCCAGUCCUAGUAGUCCGUGGAGUCUACUGACAGUACAUGUCUUACCUCUCUUUGCGGGUAGUGCGCUCAAAACGCCAUUAGAGGAUUUGAAUCAUUUGUGUCACUCUCAUAUCAUAUCGACAUCUCAGCGUUAUCCACCUUCCCGGAUAGUCUCGCUUCUCACGGCGGAUCUGAGAGAAUUUAUAGCUUCUGGGAUGUUAACUCUAAAAGCCAAGUUUGAGACGCUCGAAGAAGGCAAGGUGGUCAGUAGAGCUGCAGAGGUGUGGAUAUUCUUCUGGGCACAGGUAUUACCUUACGUAGAAGGAGUUUUCCUUCCUUUCACACAACUUCGUGAUCUUCCUUCAACAAGUUCCUCAACAUAUCAGACCUCAUCAUCAUCACCUAUCCCCUUCCGUCACUUACUACUAUCUGGCUUCCUCUUACAUAUCUUACUUCCUCUACUCCCUCGACUGAUCCCACAAAUCACAAAGAAUACCAAUACAUCCUCACCCAUUAUACCCAAUUCGUAUCCACCACCUACCACUCAGGAAUUAUCAAAGAUCUUACAAAUGUCGUUGGUAUUAUCAACCCAAGCUAGAUAUUCUGCGUUCUUCACUGCCAUACCUACAGAUCAAGAAAAAGAAAAUCAUGAUGAGGAAGUAAGAGAGAAUGUAGAGAGGCUGGGUAAAGCAAUUAGAUGGAAACUGAAUCAAAUUGAAAUCGAAUCUCAAUUACCUUUACCUUCUACUAAUCCUAAUUCACCUAUCAAGAAUUCACCCACCCACAUUGCUCGGAGAUCUGGAUCUGGGUCGACCGGUGGUUUACAGAGAGGACCUAGUUUGAGUCAAUCUGGAAGAUAUAGACGCAGAGGUUGGAGAGCAUCGGCUAAUUUGGGAUUGCUGAGUUUGAAUCAGUACCCAAACGAGAAUGAUCGGAUGUCAAGACAGAAUAGUGGAGAUGUCUAUCAGAAUCUCGAUUACAAAGAUCGAGAUAAGAUCGAUGAAGAAGAAGGUGAUGGUGAUAAUGGACAAGAGAAUGUACCACUAUCAAGAUUACGAACGAAUACCAAUACUAGCACGAGUGAUUCACUUGUUCCACCAACAUUCCCGAAUGGUGGCUCAGGAUCGAUGAUGUCGAUGGGAUCUACGAUAGUGAAUGGUGGAUCAACAGUGGGAAAUAGUUCGAUUGCAACGGGAGGAAGUACGAUAAGAGGUGAGAGUUUAGCUUCGUACGGUGAGACUCCCUCUGCAUCGAUGAUGAACCCAAAUACCAACUCGACAAAAGGUGGGAAUGAGAUGAUGUAUGGUAGACCUGUGCCUAGGAGAGGAAGGGCAGAAAGCGAAGGAAGUGAAGUUCUCGGUGCUGGGGCAAGGGGUGAUAACAGGAUAUGA